UAUACAUGUACAUGAAUCAAUUUGUUUAUGUGGAAUAAAAUUCAUUUUGACACUUGAAAAUAGAUAAUAAAGUUACUGGGAUUCAGAGAUAUUGUACACUCUCGUACUAGUUUAUUCAAUUAAGUGUUGAUUAUGAUUGGUGCUCCUACCCCUUACUCCCUCUCUCUCUCACCUAAUAUAAGACAUUGAACAUCUAAAUAAUCAGCCUACAUGUCAUGAUUUCGAGUACAUCCAUUUCAACAAACAGCAACGCACUUAAACAUACACAUACAAGAUGGGUAACCUUGACAGCUACUUAAGGUUAAAUAGCAUCACUCUAUUCGACAGGUAAUAAUAAUAAUACGAAGUUCUUUACUUGUGUAAAACAAAUAAAAUUUCAAAAAUUCAACUGGAAUUUAUGUGGAUUACUUUUUAAUGAUAAUAAUACACUAUUCAACGUGAGCAUUUAAGGAGAACACUGCGAAGAUGUUACUUCUAUUGUUACUUAUUAUUUUAUUUAUUCAUGAAUCAUCUUCUGGAAGCUCUUCAAAUGCACUGAUGUAUGAAUUAAAGCAAGAUGAACAUGAUCGUGUUUACGAUCUACCAAAAGACAGUAAAGAAAUUACGUUGACUUGUUCAUUUGGAGCGAAAUGGUUCAUUCCAUCAACUGUACCGUAUCAAUUUAAACCAACAGCUGGAUAUAAUAUCGAAAACAAACAAAGUAGUCUUCUGAUUCGACUUCCUCAGACAAAUAAUGAGCACUCUAGUUUCCGUGGUUUAUACCAGUGUUGCCCUUCUUUUAGCUAUCAAGGUAUUGGAACAGUAAAUUGGUUUUCAAAUGAGCCAUCUUGUUGUCCAUGUUGUCCUUGGUAUGAACAAGACCGAUGUUUGUUCAAACAUACUGGAAUGAUGAAUGAUUCGAGUAUGCUGCCGAAGUUAAGGCAUACCUCAUCAAAUUGUGGCAGUGUUUUUCUUUACACAAAUUCAGUGAAUAUGAAACCAAUACAGUUAGAUGUGAUACGUGAUCAGCCAAUGCUUAUACCAUGCCCUGCGUUAAAUAGUACAUUUAGGAAAGAUGAUCCAGCAUUUUCAAUUGACUAUCAGCUAACACCACACAGAUCAAGUCGCCAAAUAUGGUAUCCAUUCAAUACACCGAGAGAUAAUCAACUCACAUCAAUUUUAUAUUUUUAUGACAACCGUUUUGGUUUAUGCCUUUUUAAAUCACAAAUCCCACGUAUUAUGUUAUUUAUGUUAUGUAAUUAUAAUCAAAUAAACCAGCAAAGAACUGUUCAACCAAUAUGGCCAGCAUCAUCACCAGUUAUAGCGCCAACAAUACAUUUUUAUUUACAGUCUGCAAAUAAAGUGGAAGACUACACUAAAAAUGUGGUUAACAGCAAUACCAGUCACUCUCAAAGCUUUUUAAAUACAAUUAACUGGUUUGUGAAAUAUUCUGAUGAUUUAAUAACAUUUCGUGUGAAGCAGCAUAUCAAGGUAUUGCAUUUAACUUGUAUUGGUAGUUAUACACAAAAAUAUAUUGUUCAUAAACCUGUAGCCAAGUUAUGCUUUCGAUGGAAAACUCUUAAUCAUGUCAGUGGAACACUACCCAACUUGUCUUACCUUCGAGAAUCCUACCGAAGUACUGAUAACAGUACAUGGGAGAGAACAGAGUGUCUGAGUACACAUCAAAUAUUUAACAAGUUACCAAUUCUUUAUGCUUUCUCCAAUUAUCAUCUCUCUCUAUCGAUGAAAGACAGAGGAAUCGCCCGCCACUCAAAGAAUAACACGUUUUUAGUCUGUGAAAUAACCACACCUGAUAGGAUGGCACCAAUAAGUCAGAAAAUUAUUCAAAUUGCAUUAACUGGCAAUCAAGUUUCAGGCAAAUUGUUUUCCAAUUUCGACUGCGAUUGCAUAGUCUUAAAUACAAGUGGGAUGUCCUCAAAUGAAAGUUCUCGUUUUCACGUUCUCAUUAAGAAUUACACCUUAAAUGUGAAUAUAUCGUUCUGGACGGAGAAUGAAAUCGAUGGUCAGCCGUUUUGUAGGCUUAACAGAAGCAGCAUGCAUCAAUCUGAGUAUACGCAGGUAAAUUUAUUCCGUACUAGAUACAAUUGGAAAUGUCGUAUUUGGUCAAAACUUACAAACUUAAGUCAGGUACUAGAAUUAUCGGUCGGAUAUGGUGAAGUAAAAAGUGAUUUUCAUCUGGUCGUCUUUAAAUCUCUUCUAGAAUCACCUAGAACUAUUCAUAACCUCAAAAGUCAUAUCACACGAGAACAAAAUCUACGAUGUGUUCCAAGUGAUGAUGAGCGGAAUAUUGUACAAAGUCUUGGUUACAAUUAUCCAAACAAUGUCACUUGGUUUGUUUCAAUCGAUAAUGAGACUCGCAACUACACAACAUUUUAUAAAACAUUUGAACAUGAAUUCAAUUUAAUGCCAAUCUAUGAUGCUAGUAAUUACCCUCAAAUAUUAUUUAACAAAACUCCAGAAUCAUGGGAAAGAAUCAAUGAAAUAUCGAACCUGAGUAAAUUAUACUUAAAUUAUUGGCCAGAGAAGUUGUGCGUAAGUUGUACGAGUGCUUAUAGUAUUGGGAUUUAUAGCAGUGGACAAGAAGUAUGUUCAAUGUUCAAUGAUUUUAAUGUUAUCCAAUUAUUGAACAACAGUUCAAACCAUAGUCAUAUUGAAAAAACUAGGAAGGAAAAACAGCUGUACUUUAUUAUCACAAUAAAUAAUUCUUCAAAAUCGUAUGAAAUAAACUUACAAUUCAAUAAUUCUCAGAUUUUUUUAGUUGAAGGAGCAUCAGUUAAAUUAGAGUGCGUGCGUAAAUUGCCAAAAAUGCCUAAAAAUAUUGAAUUAGGAGAAUGGCCUGUACUGGUUGAUGUUCAUGCACAUAAUAGCACUGAUUAUCAAUUUAUUCAAGGCACAUUAUGGUUGAUAUCUGGAUAUUCGCUGAAGGUUAGAAAAACAAUCCAGUCUAACGUAUUAUCCACUGGACAGUUGAAACACUUUAAAUGUUCUUAUGAAGAUGAAAAAUACCUUGUCGAAUUUCAUUCAUACAAACAGGUUAAACCAACGAUUUUAAAACCAACCGAAAAUCUACAGACAAUUAAAUCGUUCUUACAACCUAUUAUAACAAAUACGAGUAAAUAUUUCGAUAAUUCUACGGAUGAAGAUAUAGAAUUAACAUGUCAAGCUAUUGGUUUACCGAAACCAAGUUUAAGUUGGAUGAGAGCAGUGUAUAGUGUUAAUGAAACACUGAUUAAAUGGGAAAUUGUCCAGUUAUGUUCAACUGAUGAAAGUAAGAUCGAUUUAACUAUUAUUAAUAAAACAAGUAUUGAACAGGAAAUUCAAACUUGCACAUACCGUAUACUGCGAUUAUUGAAAUCCACUGCAAAGAGUUUAAAUCAAUCACAUUAUCAAUGUUUAGCUACAAAUACUGCAGGAAGUACGAGUAAACAAAUCAAAUUAAUUUAUACAGAUACUACUAAUAUCGACUUAAGUGAGAUUAAUAAACUACACAUAAUCACUCAAAGUGUAAUAUUAUGGAUUUGUUUAAUUGUUUCACCAGUUCUUUUAAUCAUCAUAAUAUUUAGUAUAAUUAUUUGCCUAUAUUAUAAAUUUAAUUUUAAAAAUCAAUAUUCUUCAGAUAUUUCACUCCCAAAUGUUCUUUAUAAACGUAUUUAUGAUCACUUUAAUUCAUAUCAGUUUAAAUCAUCUUCAUUAUCUUCAUCUUCAUAUGGUUCAUGCAAAGAUUAUAAGUCUAUGGAACAAAUUUUAAUUGAACUUUUAGGUUUAUCUUCAGAUACUACUAACGAUACUACUGAUAUAAAUAAUAUCACCACCACCACAACUACUGCUACUACUACCACGUCUAUUAAUACUACUAUUCAUGAGAUUAACAGGUGGAUUAUCCCACGGAAAUUUAUUAAAACAUCAACUUAUCCACUUGGUUCAGGACAUUAUGGUUCAGUGUAUAAGGCAUGGUUACAUUGUUCAUUUUUGAAUCGUCAUUUUGAUUGUCAGUUGAGUGAUAUGUUAUUGAAGGAGGAUAGUGAAAAUUAUACAGUGGCGAUAAAAGCUUCAUCAGCCGUUCAACAGAAUAUCUCAUAUAAUAGUAAUUUGAUAUGUCUGAAAAAUGAAAUACGCAUAUUGGCCAAUUUGAACAAUUGUGAAAAUAUUGUCAAAAUGAUUGGAAUUAUGUUAGAGAGUAGAGUGAAAUGGAGAAAUAUGCAUAAUAGUUUGGAAGGUAUCAGUUUAAUUCUUGAAUGUUGUAUGCACAAGAGUUUAGCUACGUUUAUUCGAUCCAACUCACACCACAUUAUGGAUAGUUUGAUGAAUUAUGAAGAAACACAUGUCAUCGCUUCUAGUGUUACCGAUAACUUGACAACUACUGUCGACGCAAAGGAGGCAGUUGAUUCUAAACAUUAUAGACUCACUGUCAGAGAAUUGUAUCGAUUCGCCUACGGUAUUAUCUCCGGUGUUGUCUAUCUAGUGAAGAAUUCCGUGAUACACAGAGAUCUAGCGACCAGAAAUAUUUUAGUCAAUCAUAAUUAUAUACCGAAAAUUAGUGAUUUCGGCUUGGCUGUACAACUUACACCGCUGAAUGGUAUAACUAAAGGUGAUAUCUACAAUAUUGAUGGUGAAUUCGAUGAGGAUCAAUUGACCAAUGAGUAUUAUCGUGUGUUAACGCCAAGAAAAAAGUUGCCACUUCGCAUUCUACCUCCAGAGGCUUUGCUUCAGCAUAAAUUUUAUUUCAGUUCAGAUGUAUGGCAGUACGGCUUACUUUUAUGGGAGCUAUUUCAUCUAGAAAGAUAUGAACCAUUUCAAGGGAUAAGAACAUUUCAAGAAUUAAUCAGUAUGCUGACAGAACAUAAUCUUAAUAAUAAUAAAAACAAUAUAAAUGAAAGCAUUGAUAAAGAUAAUACUACUUCCGAGUUUUCAGAUGAUCAAGUUAAAACAGCGAUGAAUCGUCAAAGAGCAUUACCACCAUCCUCACUGGAUAGACCUAUGCUUGUAAACAAUGAACUAUGGGAAAUAAUGUGCGAUAUGUGGUCUUUUAAUCCUCAGAAACGUCCGACUGCAGUAUAUAUCCAUGAUAAAUUAAGAAAUCUACUUGAAGAUGGUAGCAGGCAAUUUGACCUCCUGGAUAUGAGACAAAGAUAUCACGGUCAUCACCAUCAUCAUCAUAUUCAUCAUGUGUGUACACACAUUAAUUGUGAGUUUCCAUUGAACUCACCAUCGGGUGAAAAACAUAACUGUCCAUUGCACCGGUAUGAAAACACUGAUAAUCGUAUACAGGUCUCAUGUUCAUAACAUGUCUAUGUGUAAGCGUUUUUCUGCUCUUGUGUACAUACAAUUGAAUGUUAUAAAAGUGAUUUCUAGUAUUGUUUGGAAUGUUUUGUCAUUUAGUCUUAAUUUAUGUCGAAAAAAUUUCUAUAUGAAGUAUUUCUUUCCUAGAUACUACAUAGUUCUAAGCAAUUC